AUGGCCAGCAUCGAUGAGUUAUUCAAGAAACCACUAUUGCCGUCAAAGCGCAAAUCCGAGCCGUUGCGAGAUGCCAGUGAAGUCUACAAAAGUACGAAGAUAGAUGUCAAUGGGGUUGCAAAGAGCAGUCGGGUAGCCACAAUCGAAGAUGCUGGUGACGAGGAAGAUGAAGCUGGCCCCGAGCUCCCUCCAGACUUCGAUCCAGACGAGGGUGUCGCGGACGACGAGGGAGGGCGAUUUUUCGGUGGUGGCAUAUCGACUCAAACGGCUGGCGCGUUGAACUUUGUUGAAAACCUGGAUCAGAACGAUACUGGGCCAGAAAAAAUCGAUUUGGCUUGGUUACGACGAUUGGCAUUGACCUUCGAGAAGAGGAUAUCCAAGAAUGCAGAACUUAGGGCCAAGUUUGAGAAUGAGCCCCAAAAAUUCAUGGCGUCCGAGGCAGACCUUGAUGCCGAUAUCAAAUCUCUUUCGAUUUUGUCAGAGCAUCCAGAUUUGUAUGAAGAGUUUGCGAGCUUGGGCUGUGUUGGUUCUCUUGUUUCGUUACUGUCCCACGAAAAUACGGACAUUGCUAUUGACGCAAUUGAGAUACUUGGCGAAUUGACCGAUGAAGAUGUUGAAGCUGAGCAGGGACAGUGGGAUGCCUUGGUCACUGCUAUGGUGGAUGCGGAUGUCAUUGCUCUACUGGCUCAAAACCUUUCUCGACUUGACGAGGAUAAUGAGGCAGACAGACCUGGUGUUUACCAUGUCAUGAACGUUCUUGAGAACCUGGCCUCGCAGCUUACCGUUGCAGAGAAAAUUGGGCAAGAUUCGGAUUUGAUAACGUGGCUCAAAAAUCGAAUACAGAAAAGGGAGAAACAAGUAACCCAGAAUAAACAGUAUGCGGCCGAGAUUCUAGCAAUUUUAGUCCAAUCGUCAUCGAAGAACCGACAAAUUUUGAUCAAAAAUGAGAUGGUCGAUGUUUUGUUACAGUUGCUCAGCCCAUAUCGAAAGCUGGACCCUGAGAAAGAUUCUGACGAAGAGGAAUACGUGGAGAAUCUUUUCGAUUGCCUUACAUGCUUGGUAGAUGAAGACUAUGGGAAAACAAAAUUUAUAGAAGCCGAAGGUGUGGAACUUGCCCAAAUCAUGCUCAGGGAAGGCAAAAUGAGCAAAUCAAGGGCGUUAAGAGUUUUUAACCAUGCCCUGAGCGGGAAAGGGGGCGGACCUGCCUGUGAGCGUCUUAUCGAAGCUGCGGCAUUGGGAACAAUAUUUGGCAUGUUUAAGAAAAAGCAAGACCACCAAUCGAUAGAGCACUUGUUGGGAAUAUUCUCUUCACUUCUACGACUGCUGCCUGGAGAUUCUCCGAGUCGGAUACGGACCCUUGCAAAAUUCAUGGAGAAAGACUACGAGAAGAUUGAGAAGUUGGUUAAAUUACGGCGCGAAUAUGCGUCGAAAGUUUCAGCGGUUGAUCAGACAAUUGAGCAAGAGCGAAAAUCCAUGGAUCAGGAUGAGCAAGAGAUUAUGGCGGGAGAAUGGCUUUCUCGACGCCUCGAUGCGGGAUUGUUCUGUUUCCAGACCAUUGAUGUUAUUCUCGCCUGGCUAGUUGCCGAAGAUGACGGAGCAAAAUCGAAGAUUAAUAAUUUGCUCUCAGAUCAUGAUGAGAACCUCGAGGUUAUUAAAGCUACACUGCAGGAGCAACUAAAUGACCUGGAUGAAACGUCAACUGAUGAGGAGGAUACACGAGAGAUGCUUGGAACACUGCUGCAGUUCCUAGGGUAA